UAUGCAAAUAAAGUGCCAUUGCAGCCUGACAUUCUGGAAGAAUUACGUUUUCAAUGAUGAGCGAGGGAAUCUGGCCAUAUCUCUAGACCUGUUAUUUUCGUACACCUCCUGAAUUGGUGCUGUUGUGAUUGUUAAAAUGUCUUGGGGAACAGAACUUUGGGACCAGUUUGAUCUCAUAGCCAACCACACGAAUGCUGGAAUCGAAUUCGUGGAUAAGGUAGCAAAGUUCGUGAAGGAAAGAUGCGAGAUCGAAUCGCGAUAUGCGAAGGAGCUACGAAAAUUAGCCAAGACAUAUAACCCAAAGAGAAAGGAGGAAGAACAUGUAUUUUCAUUCCAAAAAGCUUUCAUUGGUGUAGUGAAAGAGACAGAUGAUUUAGCUGGUCAACAUGAGCUGAUAUCAGAGAGUUUAAUGGAAAAAAUAUGGAAGGAUUUGCAUUUACUACACACUGAACUUAAGACUGACAGACGAAAGCAUCUGUCUGAGGGUAAGAGAGUUCAAGAACUCUUAGAACAAUCAAUGAAAGCUUUAGAAAAUAGUAAGAGAUCUUUUAUGAAGGCAAGUGAAGAAGCUGAGCAAGCAUUGCAAGCAUUCCAGAAAGCAGAUCAAGACAUGGCUAACUCUAGAUUACAGAUUGAAAAGUACAAAAAUAUAUCAGUAGAGAAAGGCCAGGCAUUGGAGAGAGCUAGGGAAGAAUACAGGAAUCAACUGGAGCAGACAAACAGCAAGCAAACCUUGCAUUACAGCAAUGAGAUGCCAGCAGUGUUUAAUGAACUACAGAAAAUGGAUGAACGGAGAAUACAGAAAACAGGCGAACUUCUAGAGGAGUAUUCUAACGUAGAGACCAAAGUUAUGCCUAUAAUACAAAAAUGCCUGGAUAACAUUAAGGACAAUGGAAAGUCCGUCAAUCCACCACAGGACAGUAAACUUCUGUGUGAACAGAAUAAAACAGCUUACCAGCCGCCCAGUGAUAUUCAAUUUGAGGAGUAUGGCAGUAAGGCGCAGACACUGACAAGACAACCUGUGAGCGUGGAAAAAGUCAAGAAGAAGAAAGGUGGUGGUGGGUUUUUCAGUAAAAAAGCGAAAAAACAUGGUGAAGCUGGGUUAGACGGCAAUGAUCAAACGUUAACACCAGGACAGAAGAUUCGAACGAGUAAAAAGAAAGUACAACAGUUAGAGUCACAAGUGGCGCAGCUAAAGAACUCCAGGGAAGGUAUGGAGAAAAUGGUGGACGUGUACAGGCAGAACCCGUCCCUUGGUGACCCAAACACCAUUGAACAACAGCUGAGUGAAAAUGCUAAAGAACUGGAUACUCUUAAUGUAGACUUAUACAAAUACCAGUGCUACCUAGCAGCCUUGGAGAACAGGGACACCCCUCCAGCUCCUGAAGUGUACUCAAAGGCAAGCAAGGUCCAACCACCCCCAGCGCCGACUGGAGACUUUUCUGAUGAGACCCCUGCCGCAGCUCCUGCCCCAGCCCCAGCCCCUGCUGUAGGUUCAGUCCCACCAGCACCUGCCCCUCCGCCGGCUUUGCUAGUGCCACCUGCUGAGGAGCCUGAUGACGAGGAGUUUGAAGAAGAAGAGCUUCAAUGUAAAGUAAUUUAUGAUUUCCAAGCAACCAACGACGGUGAACUGUCAGUGAGUGAAGGAGAAGAGCUUGUAGUUCUGGAGCAAGAUUACGAUAACAGUGGCUGGACGAAAGUUUUAAAGGACGAUGACGAAGGCUAUGUUCCUUCAGCUUAUAUUGAAUUGAUAAUGUAGAGACCCUAUGUAUCGCGAAUAUCAAAUGUAAUUGAACUAUGCUGUCCAAUCAAGGAAUUCCUGUAUGUUCAGAAGAAAGCCAAGUUGAACGAGGCCGUACUCUCGUUACUUGAUUAGGCUCGGUUCAACUGUCGCGCUAUUAGCUGCUACUGUCGUGUCCAACUUAAAUUGAAAUAAUGGAUUUAAGUUCUACUUGAGCCCAACUAUAGGUCAAGGUUUCAAUCAACUUCGAGCGGAGUCAGCCGACUUCGGCGUGAUGUAGAUUCAAAUGUCAAGGCACACUAGUGCUAAUUUGCCUGCUAAUCUGGAUUUUUGACGAUCAGAAUGUAUUGCUUUCUAGAAGAAAGAUAAAAGUAUGACAAUCGAGUUGCACACGGCGAUAGCGCGACGGUUGAACCCGCUUUAACAGACAGUACUUUGGGCUGUUUAAUUUGAGGAUGUGUUGGAGAGUUUCUUGACGUACUGUAUAUAGACGUGUCUCUUUGCGCGCUCACUCUUGCUUCGCCCUGAAUAUUUCCAUCCAAGAUCAGAUUCCACCGGAAAAAAUCCCGCACUGAUGAUGACGUGUUCUGCAGAGAUCCUUACGGAGUCUAUGAUUGGUUGUUGCCUGGUUUAAAUUUUUUUCGCGAAAAUAUAUAUCUGUGUCCUCAGUUUGGAAUAACACUGAGUCGUCACUUUUGAGCGCUCAAAGAGAGGCUGUUUACUCAAGGAAUGGCCUGAAUGGAAUGUUACGCGUGCAAUAUAAUUAUUCACUGAAAUCCUCUAUUUAGGGGCGGGGAGUGUGAGAGAAUGAUGUUGAAUUGCAGGAGUAAUAAGAAAAACCCUUGGUUGGAUUUCACAUUUAAAUUUCUUGAAAAAAGACAAUUGAAAAGGAA